AUGGGGCAUUUAAGCAUACUCAAGGGUUUAGCUCUUGGGAUUUUUAUUAUCAGUCCUACAUUUGCCUUGAAGGCUGAAAUUAGGGCUGACAGUAAUCGCGAUGGCUUUGUCGACACCCAAGGCACAAGCGAUCUUGCUCAUAAGUUAGAAUGGUCCAAUUCAGCUGGUGCCAUAUUCUUGGCGAAUAUUGGCGACACCAGCCGUCGCUGCUCAAAACUUGCUCUCCAAAAUCCGCCUUCCCAAGAAGUGCUUGCGGCUUGCAAUGAUGCCUCUGAUGAUGUCCAACGCUCGCCUCAAUAUCUGGCCUCGCUCAGAACAUUGCCGAUUCCUGACAUUAGUGAUGAUGGGUGGGGAACUGUUGGAGUACAUACAGAAAUUGCUCGAAAGAAUGUUCGCAUAUUUCGGCGAGAUGGAAGUGGCUGGAGCAUCGUAACAAAUGACGACAGGUUCCCUGCAAAUGAAUUGAAAAAUGGCUUUGAGCUCGGCAUAGACGCCCGAGAUACAAGGCGACCUAGUGGCUGGGAUGGAAAAGUCGAAGUACGCUUUGACAUUCAUGAUGGAAAGGCUUCUGAUUCUGAUGCCGUCCGUCUACGCGUGGCUCCAGUUAUCACUUUCCACCAUCUCAUGCCUGUUUCACAGGUGUUUGUCACUAACGGAAACAAAUCGGAGACACCUUUUCAAGAGCAAUUCGUGUCAGAUUUGCGACAGAUACUUGACCGACCUGAUAUGAGGAAACCGCUCUUCACAUUUGAUCACUCUGAUGAUAUUUGGGCUCAAGAUAUUCUGGAACCUGCAUAUACCAGCAUGCCUAGCCCUCAGGGGCCAAUAAUUCUCGAAAUCAUGAUUCGUUCACCUCAGGGCUCGCGCGUUGCUGGGAGACAAGUUUUCGAAUAUUUGAGGAACGGCACGCGAGGAGCCAUCUAUACAACUGGUGGAAUAAGAGAUGAAAUCGACUCAACCGGCAACGUUGAGACUAUUCCUCCAUACAGCUAUGGAGAAAAGUCCUAUCCGGCCGGACGCAUUAUUCAAGGUUCUCACGGCAAAUCCCUCCCGCACCUAUACGACUACCUCAAGGCACAGGAGAUCCAAUCUCCCAUCAUCUUAGAUGUGGAUUGGCUUGCUGUUGGACACGUCGAUGAAAUUGUCCAAUUUAUUCCAUUCGAGAGCAGUCCAUAUGGCUGGGCACUUUAUAUCGCCGACCCGAUUGGGGGCAUUAAUAUCCUUGAACAAGCCAAGAAGGAUGGCUAUGGACAUUUACCUGCAUUCUCCCGUCCAAGCGGCGUAUUAAUGGAAAGACUGCUGGGCGACAAUUAUGGGAAGCUUCGAUCGUACUCACGUUCUAAUAUCCCCAUGAGAAGCAUACCGGAUGUGACCAUCAAUGACAUAUUGACCGACCGGUUAAUUGAAGAAAAUAAAGAAUUUGCCAUGAGUAUUUCCAAAGUCCAAAAGAUUUUGGAACGCGAAACCGGAAUUCCAAAAGAAUAUAUCCACCAUGUACCAAUGGUCUUUGAAACCGGAUUUUGUUUCCCUCCAGACGAAGGAGUGUUGCCAGAAAGAAACUGCAGCUCUGAACAUGCUGUAGCUUUAUAUCCUGGUGUUUUGAAUGGUGUUGUUCUUAGCGAUUCUCAAUACUUAUCGCCGAAUCCUUGGGGGCCAGUGAUUGAUGGCAUAGACAUCAUGGCACAAGCAACAGACAAAGUGUACGGCAAAGCUGGCAUGGACGUUAUUUAUAUUGAUGACUGGUACUCGCAUCAUGAGGGAGGUGGCGAAGUUCAUUGUGGUACCAACACAGUCCGCCUCCCAGCCUAUGGCUGGUGGGAGUCUGCUUCAUUUAAGGAACGUAUGUCUUCUGAAGAGGAACCAAGCAGAUACGAAUUGUGA